GUGGGAAAGUGAAGGAAGGCGGACUCCAAGCGGCGCUCCCCGAGGCGGAUCGGGUUCCAGAGGCAGAAGGCGCACGGGCGGCUGGCUAGAGCCUGAGCUCCCGGAGGCCGGCGCGAUCAGCAGCUUCAGAGAAGCCAGGCAGCGGCUGAGAGGGGAUGGUGCCGCGAGGCGCCGGGAAAAAGGCGCCGUCCGUCCCUCUCAGGGUUAGUGAAUGAGGCGUUCCCGCCCGGGCCGGCCCGGGGACUCUUCGCUGCGGGUCCCAGCAUGAGCGCGGGCCCCGGCUGUGAGCCCUGCACCAAGCGACCGCGCUGGGCCGCUUCUGCAACUUCUCCGGCUGCCGCUUCUGACGCCCGGCGUUUCUCCGGCCGGCAGAGGCGCGUCCCCGACCCCAAGAACGCUCCCGUGCGGCUCAGGGCCCCACCGUCCUCGCCAGGCUGCAUCCCGGGGCGGGCGGGACCGCACCGAGGCAGCACCACCUCGCUUGUUUCCAGACAGAAGACUAUUACCAGUUGGAUGGACACUAAAGGAAUCAAGACAGCAGAGUCAGAAAGUUUGCAUAGUAAAGAAAACAACAACACAAGAGUAGAAUCCAUAAUGAGUUCUGUACAAAAAGACAACUUUUAUCAACAUAAUAGGGAAAAAUUAGAAAACGUCUCUCAACUAAGUCUGGACAAAUCAUCGGUUGAAAAAAAUACACAGUAUUUGAACCAGCAUCAGACUGCAGCUAUGUGUAAGUGGCAAAACGAAGGAAAACAUACAGAACAGCUUUUGGAAAGUGAACCUCCAGUAGUCACGCUGGUGCCAGAGCAAUUCGGUAAUGCUAAUGUUGGUCAGUCACCCCAAAAUGAUGAUCACAGUGACACAGAGAGUGAGGAAAGUAGAGAUAAUCAACAAUUUUUGACACCUGCUAAGCUUAUAGAGCAAAGUAUAGAAGAUGAACAGGUCAUAGAAGACAGAAGUCAACAGAAAUGUAGCAAAUCUUGCCAUCCUGUGGAAGAGUGUGUAGGUUGUGAGUCAGAAGAGAUAGAUGUGGUACCAGAGAGUCCUUUGUCAGACAUUGGCUCUGAUGAUGUUGGUACUGGACUAAAAAACGCCAAUAAAUUGAGUAGACAAGAAAGUAGUUUAGGGAAUUCUCCAUUUGAGAAAGAAAGUGAACCCGAGUCUCCAAUGGAUGUAGAUAAUUCCAAAUAUAGUUGUCAGGACUCAGAAGCAGAUGAAGAGACAAGUCCAGGUUUUGAUGAACAUGAAGAGAGCAGUUCCUCUCAAAUAGCAAAUAAACCAAGGUUCCAAGCAAGGGAAGCUGACACUGAGUUGAGAAAACGGUCUUCUGCUAAGGGCGGGGAAAUGAGACUACACUUCCAAUUUGAAGGAGGAGAGAGUCGUACCGGCAUAAAUGAUUUAAACACCAAAGUACCUGGAAACACUACCAGUAUGAAUGUGGAAUGCAGAAGUUCCAAGCUGCAUGGAAAAAAGGAUUCUAAAAUCACAGAUCAUUUCAUGCGAAUACCCAAAGCAGAGGACAAAAGAAAAGAACAGUGUGAAAUCAAACAUCAAAGAGCAGAAAGGAAGAUCCCUAAAUACAUUCCACCUCACCUUUCUCCUGAUAAGAAAUGGCUUGGAACUCCUAUUGAGGAGAUGAGAAGAAUGCCUAGAUGUGGGACCCGGCUGCCUCUUUUGAGACCAUCUGCCAAUCAUACAGUAACUAUUAGGGUAGAUCUUUUACGAGCGGGAGAAGUUCCUAAACCUUUUCCAACACAUUUUAAGGAUUUGUGGGACAACAAACAUGUUAAGAUGCCUUGUUCAGAACAAAACUUAUAUCCUGUGGAAGAUGAGAAUGGUGAGCGAACUGCAGGAAGCCGGUGGGAGCUCAUUCAGACUGCACUUCUCAAUAAAUUCACACGACCCCAAAACCUGAAGGAAGCUAUUCUGAAAUAUAACGUGGCAUAUUCGAAGAAAUGGGAUUUUACUGCUUUGGUUGAUUUCUGGGAUAAGGUAUUGGAAGAAGCAGAAGCUCAACAUUUAUAUCAGUCCAUUUUGCCUGAUAUGGUAAAGGUUGCACUCUCUCUUCCUAAUAUUUGCACUCAGCCAAUACCACUCCUGAAACAGAAGAUGAAUCAUUCCAUCACAAUGUCACAGGAACAAAUUGCCAGUCUUUUAGCUAAUGCUUUCUUUUGCACAUUUCCACGGCGAAAUGCUAAAAUGAAAUCGGAGUAUUCUAGUUACCCAGACAUUAACUUCAAUAGAUUGUUUGAAGGACGCUCAUCCCGGAAACCAGAGAAGCUUAAAACACUCUUUUGCUACUUUAGAAGAGUCACAGAAAAAAAACCUACUGGGUUGGUGACAUUUACAAGACAAAGUCUUGAAGAUUUUCCAGAUUGGGAAAGAUGUGAGAAAACCCUAACUCGAUUACAUGUCACUUAUGAAGGUACCAUAGAAGGAAAUGGUCAAGGCAUGCUGCAGGUGGAUUUUGCAAACCGUUUUGUUGGAGGUGGUGUAACUGGUGCAGGACUAGUACAAGAAGAAAUUCGCUUUUUAAUCAAUCCUGAAUUGAUUGUUUCACGACUUUUCACUGAGGUUCUGGAUCACAAUGAAUGUCUUAUCAUCACAGGUACUGAACAGUACAGUGAAUACACAGGCUAUGCUGAAACUUAUCGUUGGGCUCGGAGUCAUGAAGAUGGGAGUGAAAAGGAUGAUUGGCAGCGACGUGGCACGGAAAUAGUCGCUAUUGAUGCCCUUCACUUCAGACGUUACCUCGACCAGUUUGUGCCGGAGAAAAUCAGACGUGAACUUAACAAGGCUUACUGUGGAUUUCUUCGUCCUGGAGUUUCUUCAGAGAAUCUUUCUGCAGUGGCCACAGGAAAUUGGGGGUGUGGUGCCUUUGGGGGUGAUGCUAGAUUAAAAGCCUUAAUACAGAUACUGGCAGCAGCUGUAGCUGAGCGAGAUGUGGUUUAUUUUACCUUUGGGGACUCAGAAUUGAUGAGAGACAUUUACAGCAUGCACACUUUCCUUACUGAAAGGAAACUGACUGUUGGAGAAAUAUAUAAAUUGUUGCUCCGAUAUUACAAUGAAGAAUGCAGAAACUGUUCUACCCCUGGACCAGAUAUCAAGCUUUAUUCAUUCAUAUAUCACACUGUUGUAUCCUGUGCAGAGAGUACCAAUCAGCCAGGACAGAGGACUGGUGCCUGAGGAGCCAAGCAAAUAGAACCACCUUCCACCACUCAUCUGAAACAUCCUGUUUGAAUUGUCAUGUGUAAUAUAUGAACUGACUUAUCUUAAUAUAAAUGUGUAUAUAAUCCACAUUUGUAGGUAAAGAUGCAUUCCUUCCUGCAUACUUAACAAUUGUCAGUUUGUACAUCUAAAACCUCUCCAUCUUGACUUAUUCAGGCUUAGAUAUUUUGUUUCUGCUUUUAUUUCUAUAUUCAUUAUUUGACUUUUCUUUUUUAUGCCCAUGAGAUUUCUUUUUUUGCCUAUAUAUUAUAUAAAUUUUACCACCACUGGCAGAUGCCAGUGGUGCCAGGGAAGAAGUUGAAAUCCAAAGAUUCUUUAUCUGGUUUGCUAAAAAUGACCCUAUGAAGGCUACAGUGAUAGUACAGUGGGUAGGGUGUUUGCCUUGCACACAGGCCAACCCAGGUUCAGUUGGCCUCAGCAUCCUCUAUUGUCCCCCAUGCUCACCAGGAGUGAUUACUGAGAGAGAGCCAGGAGUAACCCCUGAGCAUCACUGGAUUGACCCAAAAACCUUAAAAAAAAGAAAAAGAAAAGAAAGAAAAAAAAUGUUCCUAUGAAGACUUUCACUCAAUUCUAAUUAUGAUUGUACUGUUUCAAGUUUUUAGAUUUUGAAAAUAAAGAUUCCUCCCCCCUACAUGUUACAUAAUGCAAAUAUGAUAGGGUAAGACUAUUAUUUAUUUUAAACAAUAAUUUCUACAAAAAGUUUUUUUGAGACAUCAUCCUUACUUGUAACGGUUUAUCCUUUUUUCCCUGAACAAUUUUUAUUGGAAAUUGACCAGUAUAGAUGGAAAUACAGAGUUUCCCUUAUGAUUUAAAAAUGUGUAUAUUCAAGAGAGUUGAAGGGUAUUUUUUCUUUAUUUCUUUGGAUUUCUUUUUUCCAGUUUAGGGUUAUUGUUUGUUCCUGGUGCUUGAGGCAUAUUCUAUAACCAAAGUUUGGGAACUGGAAACUUCAUGCUGAUUUGUACAUACUGAAGUUUCUCUAGUAUUCAAAGGUUAUAGAACUAAUAAAUUUUCUUUAAGAAAUCAUUUAUCAGAAAUUCAUCUUUAUAUGUAUGUGUGUGUGUGUUUUCCUUAAAUAUGUGUGCAAACACAUAAAAUAUAAAUAAAACGCUAGUUGUGAAAAAUGAUUCGGUUUAGUUUAGGACUUUUUAAAAUCUUUUAUCUAUAACUGUACAUCUAAAACUGUCAGCAAAUAUGUCUUUCAAAGGUUGAGAUAGUAGCUGAUACCAAACCUAUGUUAAUUGACAGUAGAGUUUAAUCACAAGCUAUUCCUAUUUCUAAAUAGUCCUGAAGUAUACUGUUCAAAUUCUGGUUUACAGUCAGCUCUCAGGAAAAACUAUUAAAGCUCAAAGGCUAUUAAUAAGGAGUUAGACAGCCCAAACACUUAAUAUUAAUAUUGGCAGGAGAGGUUCAGAGGGAUAGUAGAGGUAAAGGCUUUUGCCUGGCAUGUUGCUACAGCUGCAACAUUGGUUCGGAUUCCAAGCAAAGUCUGCAUUGCUUUCUAUUUUUUUUUUAACCCUUUUGAAGAGAUUGAGAAGUUAAAAGGGAUUGGCACCUGAAGGCAGCCUUUUCUCUUUCACAAAAUAUUUUCUGCUCUGCAUCUUCAUUCACUAAGUAAAUUUAAGGCAUCUGGCUGUAUUUCCACUAAUACUUAAGUCCUCUCUUCCCAACCUUUUCUACGCUUAGGUUAAGCAUUUAUGGUUUUAUUUCUUCUCUUUUUCAAUCUCCAUAUCCUUUUCCUCUUAUACAGACCCAAGACUAAAUGAACAAUUUUGGGUUUUUUUAAUGCCGCAUAAGCACAUGGUUCAUGUGGUAGAGAAAUCAUUACCCAGAAUAAUGGACCAUACUGUCUAAUAUUUUAGAAUAUAGUAUCUAAGACUCUUAAUUCUCAGACGGCAGAAUAGACUUAGUAACUGGACUAUCUGCCUGAAUAUCACUGUUGAGGACUUUCAAAAUAAAACAAAUGCCUCAUUCUUCUACUUCAUUCUGGGAUUGGGACAAUUGAACCAGAUGGAAUGUGAAGAGAACUAUUGAUCAUUUUUAAAAGGGAGAAAGGUAGAGAGAAUAUGAGUACUUUGUUCUUAAAGACCCUCUAAAAAUUUUUUUUUAAUCUAAUACUUAUUCUAAGGCCUUUAAGUGCACUUUUUAAAUUUUUCAUGUGGUUUUACUGUUUUAUUUCAUAUUGUGUAUCCCUCCUUUUUUCCUUUAUACAUAGGCAUAAAAUGAUUUUUAGUUUAAUAUUUUUAAGUUUUUAAUACAAUUCCCUAUUUUUUUUGCUACUUAUCUCCCUCAGUCAUAUAAUAACAUUUUAAGGAAACAGUGUGGCAAAAUGGAAAGCCAUGAGAUUUUUUUAAUUAGAUUAGGUGGGUUCAAAUGCUAGCUACAUAUCCCUAGCUAACGCUUUUUUUUUUAUAGACAUAUAUUUAUUGAUGAAAUACAGUUACUAGAGUCCUUGGUAUUUCAGUGAUCAUUCCACAUUAUAAAUUAUUCACCACGUGUAUUCUUUUAAGUCUACACCCAGUCAUGCUGUCAUUCUUUUCAGGUAAACCUUAGCCAUUUCUUCUGUCAAGUGCUUUAGUAUCCAUUUAAACUGUAAAUGAAGUACUUGAGCCAAACGAUUACUUGAGCAAAAUUAUUUUCAGAAAUAGAAGAGAAAGACAAUGACUCUGAAGAAAAAGCAUCUGAAUUAUCAAAUCCCAAAGAACUAAACCUCUGUAAUUUGCUGUUAUACUAAUGGGCCAAGUAGCCUUGUUGCAGAAGACACAUAACUUCAAUAUCUCUCACCUACAACAUUUAAAUAUGCUUUCUUAGACAUUUCUUUUUCUGACUCUUUUUGGGAGGAGGGGAAGGGCCUCUCAUAGCAGGUUGGUGGCGGAGUCCCCACCAGGGCCCCACCAAAGCUCAAUGCAAGGCCCGAGGAUGCCAUGCGGCUCAGGCCCUGCAGUGCUAGCAGCCUGCAGGGUUCCACAUAUGGGGAGUGAGUGUAUGAUGCUGGGGAUCAAAUCCAGAUGUUCUAAUCACUCUACUAUUUCUCUGCUCAUAAAUAUAUUUUUCUCUAAAUUUUAAAAAGUGUAUUUAAACUACUGGCAGAGUUUACUUUUUUUAAAUACACCUGGCAGUGCUCAGGACUUAAUCCUGGCUCUGUGCUCGGGGAUCACUCCUGAUGGGCUCAGUACCAUAUUGGGGUGCUGAGGAUCAAACCCAGGAUUGAAGCAAGGUAAGUACUUUACCCACU